AUGUCCCGGGUUCUGAACGGUAUCGUGGCGGUGUGUCCAGAUCUGGGUAUCGGGACGAACGGGAACCUGCCCUGGUUUCCGGUUCGGCUCAAUAAUGAAUUCGCCCAUUUCCGAAGGAUGACGGGGACUUCACCUGUUCAAGGGAAGCAGAAUGUGGUGAUCAUGGGCAGGAAGACGUGGUUUUCAAUCCCAGAGAAGAACCGACCUCUGAAGGACCGGAUCAACAUCGUCCUCAGCAGGAACUUAAAAGCGCCCCCUGAAGGAGCACACUACCUGGCUGCAGACUUCAGCUCAGCUCUCCGUUUGGUCGACUCGGUUCUGUCGGAACAGGCUGAGCAGGUCUGGGUCAUCGGAGGCAGCUCUCUCUACAAGGAACUGAUGGAGAGCCCGGGAACAAAGAGACUGUUUGUGACUCGAAUCCUGAAGCAGUUCGUCUGCGACACAUUCCUCCCUGAAAUUAGUCCAGAUAAAUACCGCCUGCUACCAGAAUUUCCAGGAGUUCCUCGGGAUCUUCAGGAAGAGAACGGGAUCCAGUACAGAUUUGAAGUUUAUGAAAGUUUUGAUCACUGAGUCUGUAAUCAAAGAAAUCGUGUUUGUGUUAGUUA